AUGCCGCCACCGCGCACGCUCGCCGAGGUAAAAAGCGAGGCGUCGAGACUUCUGAGUAGAGGUCAUCGACUGGCGUCGCGAAGACGCGAAUUCGUCGACGCUGUCGAGCGAGCCGAGCGAAGAGGUGCUUCGAAAGAGGACCUCACUCGAGCUCGUGCGGACGUCGUGCGGCUCGAGCGAAGCGUCGAGCGCGUCAUCGCUCGCGUGGAGGGAUUGCGGGACUUGGCGCGCGCUUUGGAGAGCGAGUGA